AAUAUUUGAAAUUAACAGCUAAAUUUUUCGAUAACAUCAAAUUACACUUAGUCUUUUUUCAAGAUUCAAGUUCUGGUGAUAUGGAAAUGACGCCAUACAGCAGUGUGUCAAUCAAAGCUGCAGUUUGAAUUCAAAAGUAGGCGUGUGCGGAGGAUUAUGACAUCAGCACCAGACAGAUCACAGCGAGCGAACACGAUGUUACAAAGUUUCAAUGGCUUGUGAUUUUGUGCGUCGAUGCUGUGUCCGUUCCGCGCGAAACACAACAGGAUAAACAGCUUUUUUUUUAUUUCGGCAAAUUCGUCCCUACGCACUGACCUUUUGGAGCUCGAAUGCAAAUAUCGCUGAAUGGAGUCACGGGUCGAAUUCAGCCGCGAGGAGAUAAACGGCACAAUAUGGGAAGUUCCUGAGAAGUACGUUUGCUUGAAGCAGAUCGGAACAGGAGCGUAUGGCUGUGUAUGCUCAGCCAUCAACAGUCAAACCAAAGAGAAGGUGGCCAUCAAGAAAUUACACCGGCCUUUUCAGUCGGAGAUCUUUGCCAAGAGAGCCUAUCGAGAACUAAGUCUCCUCAAGCAUAUGAAGCAUGAAAAUGUGAUUGGCCUGCUAGAUGUCUUCACUCCUGCCUUGAGACUGGACAACUUCCAAGACUUCUAUCUGGUGAUGCCAUACAUGUACAUGGAUCUCUCUAAAGUCAAGGGCCUCCUCUCAGAAGAACAUGUGCAGUUCCUGGUCUAUCAAAUGCUGUGCGGACUAAAGUACAUUCAUGGUGCUGGCAUCAUUCACAGGGACCUCAAACCAGGAAACCUGGCUGUGAACCAAGAUUUCGAGCUGAAGAUUUUGGAUUUUGGCUUGGCACGUCAUGCAGAAGCUGAGAUGACAGGUUACGUCGUGACGCGGUGGUACCGGGCCCCUGAGGUCAUUCUAAACUGGAUGCACUAUACGCAGACAGUGGAUAUCUGGUCUGUUGGCUGCAUCAUGGGUGAAAUGUUCAAUGGAAAAACACUCUUUAAAGGCAAAGACUACAUGGAUCAGUUGACUCAGAUAAUGAAAGUAACAGGGACACCUGGUCCAGAAUUCAUUGAGAAACUAGAAAGCCCAGAGGCAAAAAGCUACAUCAGAUCUCAGCCCCACUACCCACACAAAGAUUUUUCUGCAUUGUUUCCCAGAGCCAGUAAAAAAGCGGUAGAGCUGCUUGAGAAGAUGUUGGUGUUAGAUGCUGAUGCUCGACUCACUGCUAGUGGUGCAUUGGCACACAGUUUUUUUGAUGGCCUGAGGGACCCAGAAGACUGGACAGAGCCGAUGGCAUAUGAUGACAGCUAUGACAAUUCCACAUUGCCCUUAGAAGAAUGGAAACGUUUGUCAUUUAAAGAAGUGAGGACCUUUGUUCCGUUCCCAAGAAGAGACUCAAAGAGAAGAAACACACUCACCAUGUCUAAGUGAUAAUGUGCUCGACAUUAAUGGCGCACUGUAUUACAAUGGCACAAUUAGGCUUUCAGUCUCUGCCUUGGAACAGUUUAGAAUGUAUAUGCAUUUCUAAAAACUUGAUAUAAAUUGCAGUAUUUUGUAAAUGUGGUAUUUCUGGGCCUCUGGUGAAUGUGAACAUUUUAUUUUGAUAUAGUGGUAACUGUCCUUCAUUUAUUGCCAAUGUGCAUAUCACCUCAAAGGAGUUGAUUACCGCAAAAUGAAAAUUUUCUCAUCAAUUACUCACCCUCAUGCCAUCCCAGAUGUGUAUGACUUUUUUUUUCUUCUGCUAAACACAAAGAUUUUUAAAAGAAUAUCUCAGCUCUGUAGGUCCAUACAAUGCAAGUUAACAGGGUCCAAAACUUUGAAGUAAAAAAAGCAUAUAAAGGCAGCAUAAAAGUAACCCAUACAACUCCAGUGGUUAAAUCAGUGUCUUCAGUGAAGCAAUAUGAUAGGUGUGGGUGAGAAACGGAUCAGUAUUUGUUAAAAGUCCUUUUUUACUAUAAAUUCUGCUGCCUGCCCAGUAGGUGGAAGAAUUCUUAGGAGAAAAAAAGGACUUAAAUAUUGAUCUGUUUCUCACCCACACAUGUCAUAUCACUUUUGAAGACAUGGAUUUAACCACUGUAGUUGUACAGAUUACUUUUACGCUGACUUUAUGUGCUUUUUUGAGCUUUAAAUGAGAGGGAUGACGUAAGCUCGUUGGUAAGGUCACGCGUCAUGUGGAGUCAGGAAGCACGUCAUAGUUUACAAGAGAAACUUGUGCCAUUUACAAACCAAAACCAUCCAAAACAUUUUCAAAACAAUAUAAAAUAAGAUACAAAUAAUUUCCAAAUAAUAAACACUUCCUGACUCCUCCACGUGAUGCUUGGUAUAUAAGUAUAUAAGUAUUGUUUUGUUUCUAAAAAUAAUCAAUCGUUUGCAUUCAGAAGAACUUUAUUUGUCGACUGGUGUCGUAUGGAUUAUUUUGAUGCACCCUAAAUAUGCAUUUUGGACUGUCAAAAAAUGGAGGACAUUCACUUGCAUUGUUUAGAGGAGGAGGCCUGAAAUGAAAUCCUAAAAGUCUUAAAUUCUGUUUUGAUGAACAAAGAAACUCAGAUACAUCUUGGAUGGCCUGAGGGUAAGUAAAUUAUCAGCAAAUUUUCAUUUUUUGGUGAACUAUUCCUUUAAGUAUUAUGUAAGGUUAAAAUAAAUGCUCUAUACAUUAUCAUGUACUUUAGUGUUAUGGGUCAUAAAAGUAAAAAAAAAAAAAAAAACAUAUUUGACAUUUAGGAUACAUAAAUAUAUAUAGACCUAAUGUAGAUAGUAUACAGUAUUAAGAACUGCAAAAACAAUGCAUUGUUAAAUAUUACUGUGGUGACUAGUUGACUGAAUCUUUUUAACACUGCAAUCACUGUUUUAGACUUCAGUCAAACACUCAAAGAAAGCUUUAGUAUUGUGAGGUGUUUACUUGAUUAAGGCUCAGUUGGCUACCAUCAAAACCUUUGAAAGGUGUGACAGGAUGUUUUGAUUGGAGGAAAAUGUAAAUGAGGUGAUGAAAUGGGAGAACUGAGGGCACAUGAGGGGUUUAGUAGCACAACGGUGUGAAAUGUAGAGGCUCAAUCAGUCCUUUGGGUUUCUAAGGAGCCUGAUUUUAUCUAUGUUGUUGCAAAAUAUGGGAUCGUUUUUAACUGACAUAAAAGCCUAUGACUUCUGUG